GGGUGCAAGUGUAGGCAUACCCGAAGGGACUAAACAACUCAUUUUGCUUUCUUUUGCUAGCUCUCUGCUUGCUUUCUGUUUCCUAAAGAUAUUCUUAAAAUGUCUGAUGUGAAGCAAAGAAAGAAACCUGUUCCUUCAUCAAAGCAUAACGAAGAACCACAGAAGCAGAGCAAUUAUGGAAUGCUCUCUAAUCCCAGAAGUGGAAGAAAUAGCCCGAGUUCCUUUUGGAUAGAUUCGCGAACAGUCUUAAACCUACUUUCACUUUUUGCUUGUCUACUGCUGACCUGGUUCCUAUAUCAGCAAUCAGGCCAACUUGCUCACAUGGAGAAAGAGUAUCGUUUAUUACAGCUGGAAGCUGGAAAAUGCCAGAAUAUGGAAGAUAAAGUUAAUUUCAUUUCUGAAAAGCUUGAGUCUUCCGAAAGUGUCCUGCAGGAAGCUACCUCAUCCAUCUCUAUGGUGACCCAGUUUGAGCAGGAAGUGUCCACUCUCCGUAACAUCAUGCAGGACAUUCAGACCAGUGAGCAGACAUUCUCUGAAAAGAUGCAAAGCAUUAAUGAGACAUUCCAAAAUGUUAUGGACUCCUGGAAAAGAAGCCUGGAUGAAAUGAAUGCAAACACUAGUAGUUUAAAAUCUGAAGCAAAGUUCAUACAUACUGAAGUUAUGGCCCAAAUUAAUACUGCUGAUCAAAAUAUAAAGUCUCUUUCAGAAAGGUUAAAAGAAUUGGAAGACAGUACACUAAGAAAUAUUAAAACAUUAAAAAGACAGGAAGAUGAUGAGCUUUCUAGAGUUGAACAGCAGUUGGAGUUGGAUACAAAGACAGUUGAAAAAUUAGAAGAAGAGCAGAAUGCUUUGUUAGCCAAAGACACAGAUCUGAGUCAGCAGCUUACAGACUAUGAACCGAAAAUUGAGGAAUGCAAGUCCCACUUGCCAAUAGUUGAAAAUGCCAUUCAGUCCAUUCUUAGAGUAUCAAGUGAGCUGACCGGUAUAGAGAAAAAGAUGGAAGACUUGACGUUACAGAUCUAUACCAUGGAAGAUGAAAUGCUGAAAACAGUGUCAAGUAUAAUGGAAAUGCAAAAGGUUCUUGAAAGCAUGCAGUAUGACAACAACAUUUUAAAACUGCAAAAUGAAAUAAUUGUUUUAAAAGAAAAAGUAUAUGACAUUACAUUAUCUUCAAACACAAGAGAAGUGCCUUUAGACUACAGUCUAGAAAAUGAACAGAAUGAUGGUGGUGAUAAAUGAGUUCAGACUCAAUUUAAGUAUGUUACUUUAUCAAUAUGGACAAUAUUUAUAGCUCAGUUAUGUUAAUGUGUUUAUAAACAAACAAUGAUAAUCAAAAAUAGUAGUCCAAAAAACUUUGAAAAAUUGCAGAAGUUGUGUCAUUGAUUUUUAUCAGCAUUGUAUCAGAGUUUAUAUUCCUAAACUUACCACAGAGGAAAAAAAUAAAAUGUAAUGGGGUAAGAGGGACGGACAGACAGACAAUUUUUUCAUGUUUUAUAAUGAUAUUCUUUUUAUUAAAAUAUUUCCAUGAAAAAACGUGGAUCUUAAUUCAGAAUUUGAAACACUGUAUUUAAAUUAUUUUUUUCUUAUUACAGCUUUUUGCAAAAUUAUAGUUCAUACUCAUGUAUUAGUUGUAUUGUAAUAUACGAAACAUUAAAUACCUGUUCCUGAACAGGUUAUAUGAA